UUUCCUCUCCACAUCCAAAGCACUUCCCUCGGUCUCUUCUUCCUCCUCCCCGUCUCCUCUCCAGUCUCCAUCCAUCCCCCCCGAGAAGUUGCUUUCGAAAGAUCCAAAUCCGAGCUCGCCCGCACAGCCUUGUCCGUGGAGCCCACCCACCCACACUGUUCCUCCCCUGCCAUUGCGCUGUUCCUGCUCAGCUUUCCUCUCGAUCCGUCGAAUUCGAUCCAGCGCGCGCGGCGCCACGGGCUCACGGUCUCACGGGCGCCGAGAUUUGGUCCCGAGGGGCCGUUUUCCAGCGCGAUUCCGCGGGCCAUUCCGCCCCGUUCGUACUUAGGACUGGUCGGUUCUGUCGUCCGUGCUGGGAUCCCUAGAGGUCUGGCCGAUAGUGGGGAAAGCGCAUCAGUUGCCAAUCUCCUUUUCCUGCGUUCAAAUGUGUAGGAUUAGUGUAGGUUCUGAUUCGUAGGCUGUUCUUGCGGCCGUUGUUCUUCAAACCGUUGGUGGUGCCGGUUCGCCGGGAUUCGUGAAAUCCGGGAGCGUGGAGAUUUGGGAGGUGUUCUCCUUCCUGUGCUCGAUGAGGAGCAGCAUCCUCUCGGAGUCACCCUGCGAUGAACAGCACAUCCAUGGCUUCAACCCGCAGUCGUGGCUGCAGGUGGAGCGGGGAAAGCUGCCUAAAUCGUCCUACUCGCCUUCAUCCAUUGAGUCACUCAUCAAGAUUGCCGAACCGCCUGUAGUACCUCUGUAUAAACCCUUGAAUUAUGUGGAGGUGUUGUCGAGGAUUCACGAAGAGCUCGAGCAAUGCACCCCGAGUGAGCGACCGGGGCUGUAUUUGAUCCAGUCCCAGGUGUUUCGGGGCCUCGGGGAGGCAAAAUUGCGCCAGAGGAGCCUGCAUUCUGCUUGGCACUGCACAAGCUCUGUGCACGAGAAGGUCAUAUUCGGGGCAUGGCUGCGGUAUGAGAAGAGGGGGGAGGAGAUCAUAGCCGACGUCCUCGCGUCAUGUCGGAAGUGCUGCCGAGAGUUUGGGCCAAUUAAUGUUGCUUCUGAGAUGCCAGUGAGGAAUUUUGAGAUAGUUGGCUCAGGUGUCAUGGGCUCGUCGUCGCAUAUUUCCUCGAUGGUGACCUUCAAAAUAAGGGAUGGCAGGGUGACAUGCGAUAGGUGUAAGAUUGCUUCUUUAUCUAUCCCAUUUUGCUCAAUGCUUAACGGACCAUACACCGAGUCACAGCUUGAGCUUGUUGAUUUGUCAGAGAAUGGUAUUUCGUUGGAGGCCAUGAGAGCUGUUUCUGAGUUUAGUUGUACAUAUAGCUUAGAGGAUAUGCCUUUGGAAAUCUUGUUGGAGAUCCUGGUGUUUGCAAAUACAUUUUGCUGCGACAAGCUAAAAGAUGCUUGUGAUAGGAAUCUGGCUUCAUUUGUCUCAUCAAAGCAGGAUGCUGUUGAGCUUAUGGCAUUGGCAUUUGAUGAAAAUGCACCGGUGCUGGCUGCUUCUUGUUUGCAAAUGCUUUUACAGGACCUACCAGAUUGCCUAACUGAUGAGCUAGUACUUGAUAUCUUCUUGAGUGCAACCGAACAGCAACAACUUAUUAUGGCUGGUCAUGCCUCCUUUUUAUUGUACUGCUUUCUUAGUGAAGUCACGAUGAACAUUGAUCCAAGGACAGAGACAACUGUAAUCUUGUCAGAGAAGUUAGUUCAAUUGGCAGUUACUCCUUCGCAGAAGCAAAUUGCUUUUCAUCAGCUUGGGUGUAUUAGACUUCUGAGAAAGGAAUACAACGAAGCUGAACAGCUAUUUGAAGUUGCCUUCUCUGCUGGUCAUGUAUACUCCAUUGCUGGUCUGGCUAGAAUUACUAAUGUAAAGGGCAAAAAGACUUCGGCUUUCGAGAAGCUCAGCUCAGUCAUAACUUCAAGUGUACCACUAGGAUGGAUGCAUCUCGAGAGAUCAUUGUAUUCAGAAGGAGAUAGGAAGUUGGCAGACCUUGACAAAGCAACGGAGCUGGAUCCUACUCUUACUUACCCUUACAUGUACCGGGCUGCAUCCUUGAUGAGAAAGAAGGACCCUAGACUUGCCCUAGAGGAAAUAAACCGACUUUUGGGUUUCAAGUUAGCACUAGAGUGCCUCGAGCUUCGAAUUUGUCUAUAUUUAGCUCUUGAAGACUACAAGUCUGCACUUUGUGAUAUCCAUGCAAUUCUUACUUUAUCUCCCGAGUACCGGAUGUUGGAAGGACGUGUAGCUGCGUCCAAAAUAGGCACUCUUCUUGGGGCACAUGUUGAUCAGUGGAAUACAGCUGAAUGCUGGCUCCAACUCUAUGAACGCUGGUCAUCAGUGGAUGAUAUUGGUUCGCUUUCAGUGAUCUACAAGAUGCUUGAGUCUGAUGCAUCAAAAGGGGUUUUGUACUUUAGGCAAUCUUUGCUUCUCCUAAGGUUGAACUGUCCUGAGGCAGCAAUGCGAAGUUUGCAAUUGGCUAGGCAACAUGCUGCAACUGAGCAUGAACGGCUGGUAUAUGAGGGAUGGCUUCUGUAUGAUACUGGACACUGUGAGGAGGCCCUGCAAAAAGCAGAGGAAUCUAUUUCUAUUCAAAGGUCGUUCGAGGCUUUCUUUCUGAAAGCCUAUGUUUUGGCUGACUCAGGUGUUGAUCCUUCUUAUUCUACAAAUGUUAUAUCACUUCUUGAAGAUGCAUUGAAGUGCCCUUCAGACCGGCUUCGGAAGGGUCAGGCUUUAAACAACCUUGGUGGCGUCUAUGUUGAUUGCGGGAAGUUAGAGUCAGCUGCUGAUUGCUACACAAGUGCGUUGAAGAUCCGACACACUAGGGCCCAUCAGGGUCUUGCUCGUGUUCAUUAUCUCAGGAACAACAGGGAUGCUGCAUAUGAUGAAAUGACAAAGUUGAUAGAAAAAGCUAAAAACAAUGCUUCAGCUUAUGAGAAGCGCUCAGAAUAUUGCGAACGGGAACAAACUAUGUCAGAUUUGCAAAUGGUGACCCAAUUGGACCCAUUGCGUGUUUAUCCAUACAGAUAUCGUGCCGCAGUACUGAUGGAUACCCACAAGGAGGAAGAAGCAAUAGCAGAGCUGACUAGGGCAAUUUCGUUCAAAGCAGACCUCCACCUAUUGCAUCUUCGCGCGGCAUUCCAUGAACAUAUUGGUGAUGUCUCUAGCGCUCUUCGUGAUUGUCGAGCCGCCCUCUCUUUGGACCCAAAUCACCAAGAAAUGCUCGACCUUCAGAAACGUGUGAACAGCCAAGAGCCCUGACAAAACUGUGGUGGCAACGUCGUGUAUUUUACACCUUAAUUUUUACUCCACUUAGGUGCACCUCAGGACAGCCUUGACUUCAUUCAAUUUUUUUAUCUGUUUGUUAAUCACCUUAAUAUCAUGUUUUUAGCAAGAGGGGAAAAGACUAGUUCAGAAGCCAGCAUUGUUGAAAUUAGCCCUUGAUGGCUUUUGGCCUUUGUAAAAGUACGCCUAAUGGCUGAACUCCCUCUUGGAAAAAAAUCGUGCAUAUGUAACUUCGCAGGGUCUAGUCAUUAACCCCAUAUCUAGAAUUUGCCCCAUUGGGAAUCUAAUUUCCUGGUGCUGUGACAGUUUUUCGGUGUAUAAAAAAUUGUUAUUAAUGGUACAUCUGAAUUCAGAACUGAUC